AGGGUUUGUCAAAUCCUUGACCAAUUUGGACUAGUUUUAGAAAUGUCCAAUGGUUCUCAUUGACCCUCCAACUCAUCCUCUUACCCUUCCAAACAAGUGUUUUCUUCUUUUUUUUUUUCUUCCUUUCUUCCUUCACAAAUGAAAGCUUGAAUAAUCUUUGCCGCCCCUCCCUCUCCUCUCCAACAACCAUCUCUCUCUCUCUCUCUCUCUCUCUCUCUCUCUCUCAUCGUUGUCGCUGUUGCUGUUGUUGUCGCCAUCGCUAUGGCUUACAACCAACAACCGCCUCCGCGCUACGUGAUGUUAUCUGAGUAUGGCGGUGGCAGUGGGGGGGAGUCCCUGAACCUCCGUCCUCCGCCCCACCGACGCAACCUACCCCGUUACUACUCCCACGGUCGAUCGAAAGGCGGUGCCUGUUGCUGUGGCUGCCUCUGCUGGUGCUGCUGCUUUCUCCUCCUUUUCAUCCUUGCGGUUGUCGGCACCGCCGCUUACUUCUUCUUCAUCAUGAAGCCCAAGAUCCCUUCCUACUCCGUCUCGGCCCUCUCGAUCUCCUCCUUCGAGUUCCGCGCCUCCGAUUUCACCCUCCAUGCGAAGCUCACCGCGCAUAUUCGUGCAGAAAACCCUAACGACAUGAUAGGCAUCUCUUACGGUUCAGGUUCCAGCGUAGUCGUGUCGUAUAAAAAUUCGACGUUGUGCUCCGGUCACCUACCGAGCUUCUACCAAGGACACCGAAACACGACCGUCAUGCAGGUGGUCAUGGAGGGGCGACAUACGGUCGAUUCAGGAUUUCAAGAUGCUCUCAAGGAGAACAGGGAAGCAGGGCAAGUCCCGCUUGACGUGUACGUGCGCGUGCCGGUCUCGUUGCGGCUCAACGAGGUCGACCUUCGGGAGAUCACGGUGAACGUCCAUUGCGCGCUCGUCGUCGACAGCUUGUCUCCGAACACCAAGGUCAACAUAAAGUCGGCGCAGUACAAGGUCAACGUCGAGUUCUAAGGCCUCAUUCAAUCGUCGUGAUUGGCACCGCUCAGCAACGAUAGCAACGACGACGACGACGACGAUGGCAAUUUAGGGUUUCAUGAGAUGAAGAGAGAAAACCCUAGCUUUUGUUUGAAUCUUAUUUUUGUGUCAGGUUGAUUUUAUACUUGUGAGAGGUCAAAAUGGUAGAGAGGAUCCAACAACAAAAAGGCAUAUUAGUGUUGACUCCGUAAGAUGGAAUACGUAUAUAGAGAGAUGGAGCAUGUAUUGAGAAUUAUAUAGUUUGAGUGAGGAGGGGGAUAGGAAUAAUAUAAAUUUUAUCCAAA